GCUCGCUCUCUCACUCGCCGGCUUUAAAGUCUCUGCCAGGAUCCAUGCUCACAUGUUACUUCCUGUAUGGAGGCAUGGCCAGUUUCCAGCCCCGCGCUCUCCGUUCCUCCCCAGCUUGCACCGGAGCCACAACUUUCAGGAGCAUGGACUGAAGGCGCCCCGGCCCCAGCGUUCCUCUGAGAUCCUUUGUGUUUUCCUCCUGCCGUUUCGAUUUUGGGGGGGCUCUUCGCUCCCCCCGCCUCUCUCCUCCCCUUCCCCGUUCGCAAACAUGCCUCCUUCCUUCCCGGGGCCCUGGAAGGAGCUGCCUGCCUGAAGCCCGGAGACGCCGAGCCGCGCUCAGCCCUGCCGCCGCCCGCCGGCUCUCGGGCUGCGCCGCGCUGCCGACUCAACUUGGGGAUCCUCGGCUGCUCGCCGCUGCCGCCUGCGGUCCCUGCCGGCCCCGGGCCCCAGGCAUCGCCGCCGCCCGCCGACUCCUCGCCUUGCUCGCUCGCUUCUCUCCUUCUUGAACGGAAAGCAGCCUUUCUCCGCCGAGGAUCGUCCCCCGCGUGGCUCCGCGUUUCCGUCACUUUUUGAGGUUUUUUCCUGGGGACACUUGGCUUCCCGGAUUCCAGAGGGACUCGGACCGCCGAGCGUCGGGGGCCCGUAGAACGGGCGAGCAGGGGAAGAGCCCGGGUUUAGUGGAGGCUCACACGGAGGCAAGAACUUAUUCAACAAGUUUACCCCCCUGCCACCCUCUUUUCGAUGUGCGUUUUCGGACAUGCGGAGGUUACUGGAACCGUGUUGGUGGAUUUUGUUCCUGAAAAUCACCAGUUCCGUGCUCCAUUAUGUCGUGUGCUUCCCGGCAUUGACCGAAGGCUACGUUGGGUCCCUUCAGGACAGCAGACACAGCAGCUCCUCACAGAUCCGCAGGCGCAAGGCCUCUGGGGACCCGUACUGGGCCUACUCCGGUGCCUAUGGGCCUGAGCACUGGGUGACGUCUAGUGUCAGCUGCGGGGGCCACCACCAGUCUCCCAUAGACAUUUUAGACCAGCAUGCUCGUGUCGGCGAGGAGUACCAGGAGCUGCAACUUGAUGGCUUCGACAAUGAGUCUUCUAACAAAACCUGGAUGAAGAACACAGGGAAAACAGUUGCCAUCCUUCUGAAAGACGACUAUUUCGUCAGCGGCGCUGGCCUGCCCGGCAGAUUCAAAGCGGAGAAGGUGGAGUUUCACUGGGGCCACAGCAAUGGCUCUGCGGGCUCGGAGCACAGCAUCAAUGGCAGGCGCUUCCCCGUGGAGAUGCAGCUUUUCUUUUACAAUCCAGACGACUUUGACAGCUUUCAAACUGCCAUUUCUGAAAACAGAAUAAUCGGAGCCAUGGCCAUAUUUUUCCAAGUCAGUCCAAGGGACAAUUCUGCGCUGGAUCCUAUUAUCCAUGGGUUGAAGGGCGUCGUACAUCAUGAGAAGGAGACCUUCCUGGAUCCUUUCGUCCUCCGGGACCUCCUGCCUGCAUCCCUGGGCAGCUAUUACCGGUACACGGGUUCUCUGACCACCCCUCCGUGUAGCGAAAUCGUGGAGUGGAUAGUCUUCCGGAAGCCCGUCCCCAUCUCUUACCACCAGCUCGAGGCUUUCUAUUCUAUCUUCACCACGGAGCAGCAAGACCACGUCAAGUCAGUGGAGUACCUGAGAAAUAACUUCCGGCCACAGCAGGGUCUGAACGGCAGGGUGGUGUCCAAGUCCGCCGUCCGCGACGCCUGGAACCAUGACAUGACAGACUUCCUCGAUAACCCACUGGGGACGGAAUCCUCUAAAGUCUGCAGCUCGCCGCCCAUCCACAUGAAGGUGCAGCCCCUGAACCAGACGGCGCUGCAGGUGUCCUGGAGCCAGCCCGAGACCGUCUACCACCCGCCCAUCAUGAACUACAUGAUCUCCUACAGCUGGACCAAGAACGAGGACGAGAAGGAGAAGACCUUCACGAAGGACAGCGACAAAGACCUGAAGGCCACCAUUAGCCACGUCUCACCUGACAGCCUUUACCUGUUCCGCGUCCAGGCCGUGUGCCGGAACGACAUGCGCAGCGACUUCAGCCAGACGAUGCUCUUUCAAGCUAAUACCACUCGAAUAUUCCAAGGGACCAGAAUUGUGAAAACAGGAGUGCCCACGGCGUCUCCUGCCUCUUCGGCCGACAUGGCCCCCAUCAGCUCGGGGUCUUCGACCUGGACCUCCUCCGGCAUCCCCUUCUCGUUCGUCUCCAUGGCGACCGGGAUGGGCCCAUCCUCCAGCGGCAGCCAGGCGACGGUGGCCUCGGUGGUCACCAGCACGCUGCUGGCCGGCCUGGGCUUCGGCGGCGGCGGCAUCUCCUCCUUCCCCAGCACCGUGUGGCCCACGCGCCUCCCCACGGCCGCGGCGGCCAGCAAGCAGGCGGGCAGGCCGGUCCUGGCCACCACCGAGGCCGUGGCUUCUCCAGCCCCGGACAGCGACGCCGCACCGAGCAGGGACGGCGAGGGCACCGAGGAAGGGGCGAAGGAUGAGAAGAGUGAGAGUGAGGACGGGGAGCGGGAGCACGAGGAGGAGGGGGAGAAGGACUCCGAGAAGAAGGAGAAGAGCGGGGAGACCCACGCCGCCCAGGGCCCGAGCCAGGCCGAGCCCACCCCCGUGCCCUCGUCUUCCGGCAGAACUGCCCAGGACGGGGGGCAUCAGACUAUACCGGGGCCCCAGCGCGACCACACUGCCGUCCCCACGGACCAGCCCGAUGACACGAGGGGUGCCCGCCUGGGCUCCGAGUCGGUCACCUCCACCCAAGUGCCCCCCACAGUCACAGAGGAGCCCUACGAAGGGAGUGACCGCAGGAGUCCCGCACUGCCAUCUAGAAAGCCCAUGUCCCGAGGGGACCGCUUUUCCGAGGACAGCAAGUUCAUCACUGUCAACCCAGCAGAAAAGAACACCUCUGGGAUGAUAAGCCGCCCUUCCCCGGGGAGGAUGGAGUGGAUCAUCCCCCUGAUUGUGGUGUCAGCCUUGACCUUCGUGUGCCUCAUCCUUCUCAUCGCUGUGCUGGUUUACUGGAGAGGGUGUAACAAAGUAAAGUCGAAGGGCUUUCCCAGACGCUUCCGUGAAGUGCCUUCUUCUGGGGAGAGAGGAGAGAAGGGGAGCAGAAAAUGCUUCCAGACGGCUCACUUCUACGUGGAGGACAGCAGCUCCCCUCGGGUGGUCCCCAAUGAGAGCAUCCCCAUUAUCCCCAUCCCGGAUGACAUGGAGGCCAUCCCGGUCAAACAGUUUGUGAAACACAUCGGGGAGCUCUAUUCCAAUAACCAGCACGGCUUCUCCGAGGAUUUUGAGGAAGUCCAACGCUGCACGGCUGACAUGAACAUCACCGCAGAACAUUCCAAUCAUCCAGAUAACAAGCACAAAAACAGAUACAUCAACAUUUUAGCAUAUGAUCACAGUAGGGUGAAGUUAAGACCUCUACCAGGAAAAGACUCUAAGCACAGCGACUACAUUAAUGCAAACUAUGUCGAUGGUUACAACAAAGCAAAAGCCUACAUCGCCACCCAGGGACCUUUAAAGUCUACGUUUGAAGAUUUCUGGAGGAUGAUUUGGGAACAAAACACUGGAAUCAUCAUCAUGAUUACAAACCUUGUGGAAAAAGGAAGACGAAAAUGUGAUCAGUAUUGGCCAACAGAGAACAGUGAGGAGUACGGAAACAUUAUUGUCACACUGAAGAGCACAAAAGUCCACGCCUGCUACACUGUUCGUCGUUUCUCCGUCAGAAACGCAAAAGUGAAGAAGGGUCAGAAGGGGAACCCCAAGGGCCGUCAGAACGAGCGGGUGGUGAUCCAGUACCACUACACGCAGUGGCCUGACAUGGGCGUCCCCGAGUAUGCCCUCCCCGUCCUGACCUUCGUGCGGAGGUCCUCGGCCGCCCGCACGCCGGAGAUGGGCCCGGUGCUGGUGCACUGCAGCGCUGGCGUGGGCAGGACAGGCACCUACAUCGUGAUCGACAGCAUGCUGCAGCAGAUCAAAGACAAAAGCACAGUGAACGUCCUGGGCUUCCUGAAGCACAUCAGGACACAGCGCAACUACCUCGUCCAGACGGAGGAGCAGUACAUUUUCAUCCACGAUGCCUUGUUGGAAGCCAUUCUUGGAAAAGAGACUGAAGUAUCUUCAAAUCAACUGCAUAGCUAUGUGAACAGCAUCCUCAUACCAGGAGUAGGAGGAAAGACACGACUGGAAAAACAGUUCAAGCUGGUCACACAAUGUAAUGCAAAAUACGUGGAAUGCUUCAGUGCUCAGAAAGAGUGCAACAAAGAAAAGAACAGAAACUCGUCGGUAGUGCCAUCUGAGCGCGCGCGAGUGGGCCUUGCACCGUUGCCUGGAAUGAAAGGAACAGAUUACAUUAAUGCUUCUUAUAUCAUGGGCUAUUACAGGAGCAAUGAAUUCAUUAUCACCCAGCAUCCUCUGCCACACACUACGAAAGAUUUCUGGCGGAUGAUUUGGGAUCACAAUGCGCAGAUCAUUGUCAUGCUGCCGGACAACCAGAGCUUGGCAGAAGAUGAGUUUGUGUACUGGCCAAGUCGAGAGGAAUCCAUGAACUGUGAGGCCUUUACCGUCACCCUUAUCAGCAAAGACAGACUGUGCCUCUCCAAUGAAGAACAAAUCAUCAUCCACGACUUUAUUCUGGAAGCUACACAGGAUGACUACGUCCUGGAAGUCCGGCACUUUCAGUGUCCCAAGUGGCCUAACCCAGACGCCCCCAUCAGCAGUACCUUUGAACUUGUCAACGUCAUCAAGGAAGAGGCCUUGACAAGGGAUGGCCCCACCAUUGUCCACGAUGAGUAUGGAGCGGUUUCAGCGGGAAUGCUGUGUGCCCUCACCACCCUGUCCCAGCAGCUAGAGAAUGAAAACGCUGUGGAUGUUUUCCAGGUUGCAAAAAUGAUCAAUCUUAUGAGGCCUGGAGUUUUCACAGAUAUUGAACAAUACCAGUUUGUCUAUAAAGCAAUGCUCAGCCUGGUCAGCACUAAAGAAAACGGAAACGGGCCCAUGGCAGUGGACAAAAAUGGUGCUGUUCUCAUUGCGGACGAAUCGGACCCUGCCGAGAGCAUGGAAUCUCUGGUGUGACUGCGACCUGCCAGGCGCCUAAUUUGUAAAACUUCUGAAGACUGAGAACUUUUUUGAGGCCUUUUUUGCCAGACUCUAGGUUAUACAAUAACCCAGUUACUUUUUUACACUGAUAAAAGUUUUGAUAUUUAUUUUUUGCCAUUUUAUGUCUUAAUGGUAUCCUACUGAGCAUUUGCACCUCUGUUCACCCCCCACCCCCCGUGACACGCAAUUUGACCUAGUUUGCACUAUCUGAUCAGUGUUACUGCCUAUAAUCUAAUACUAAAGCAAACCCUGGUGUGACAUUCCGUAACAACAUACAUGCUACUUUUUUAGUUCAGUACAGUGAAGGUCUUUGUUAUGACAGUGAAUCUUGGUUCUAUUAUUAUUCUUGCUAAAGCAGUUACAUUCUACUAGCAGGCAAUGCUGUGUUUUUCCUCAGCCCUCUUCUGCUAUUUUUCUUUUUUUUAGACAUUGUUCAAUGCUGUAUGCCUUCUAUAUUUUAGUGGAUGAGCAUUGUUUUCUUUUAAAGAAUAGUAGGUUGUUGGGAGCUACUAAGAAGGUUGGUCAACCUCAUGGCCUUGAAACAGUUCCAUGUAUGAUGGGGAAGACAUCCAUUAAGAAAUUAGAAGGUUUCAAAGUUGCUUCAUGUGAACAUCACCUAUUAGUUACAAACGUAUAUUCAUAGCUUAAUAAUGCCCAACUGUGUCAAAAUAAAGGAUAUCUCUGAAUUACGGUUUUCACAGUAGCUAUGUGGACAGUGUGUGUUAUUUCCAUCUGACUCUGAAAUAGCUCCACCCUAAAAGCAGGACUAUCUUUUACAAUAGAGAGAUGGCAAUAUUUUACACAGCUCCGCUAAGAAACCCUUUAGUGACUCUCCAUUAAUGUUUCGUGGUUUGUAAUACCAUACCUCACGGCAGGUGGAAUAUGAAAAUUUUUGCAGGUGUGUAAUUUUGAAACUAGUCCUCUAAAAUUCCUAUUACUCGUAUCGCAAUCUAAUAAAAACUACCUAUCUAGUUAACAUUCUUUUCUUUCCUUUGUUUGCCAAACGUUUCAUGAUAAAUCUCAUAAUUACAUACAUUCUUCUACUUAGGAUUAGAAUGAAAAUACUGUAUUAGCAAAAGUCUAGGACCAUCUAGACUCCCACAUGUGGGCAAAUCAGAUUUGGAGAGAGGAAAAUUGAAUCUUGGAAAAAACGUGAUAUCUACAUUUUCAAAUAGCUUUUAAAAGAGAGAGACGGCUUUGUAUGUUUUGUGUAGUUUAGCCUCAAGAACAGACAUACUUCAGUAAAAGAGGCUGAUGAUCAUCAGCCCCUGGAGCCACAUUCACCCCGCUGUACAUAAUGGGAAAAUUAGGAACAUUAUGAGGAAUUUCAGUUCCUUUAGAAAAAAAUAACCUACCUACUGAGAUCUGUUUCUCCUAGUGCUUGCUUGCUUUCGAGGGACAGCUUCUGUCAGGAGUGAAAUCACCGCCAGAACUGGACCUGUUAAAAAAAAAUGGUUUUGAUUAUUUUUUAUGUCAAUAAACUUCAACAAAAAGUCCCCACUGGCUAUUUUACUAUCUUGGUAGGCGUUCGAAUAAUAAUGAUCAUCAGCACUGAGGUCCUAUUUCUUUCGCACUGGCUUUCCGUGAAGUUUGUCAGAACAGUGCUGAAGGGCUAAAGCCACUAAGCAGAGGGAGGCCACAGGCCACGCCCCGGAGUUCUUAUGCAUAGGCCCAGUCAAUGGAGUCCUCAUGAACUACGUGAUUUUCAGGGCCAGGUUCAUCUCAUCUAUCAUGGAUUUAGCAACACAGAAUAUUCCUUGAGAAAAGAUGUGAACAUGAGCAAAGUUUGCUAACUCUGAAUGUGCUAGAUGAUUAAGACACCUUUACAGUCCCCCUGCUCCCAUCAGAGGUGAUAGAAGGAAGCUCUGCCUAACACUCAAGAAUAAAGCUUCAACACUGAAGCACUACAACUGCCCGAAGGCCACGGGAUUGGGAAGGGAAAGGUUUCAGAUUACGAGCUAGAUCCUUGUAGUCAAUUAAGUAGGUUACUUUGGCUGUAUAGAGUAUUGACAUGAGUUAACUACAGUAGUUGGCACAGUGGACUUGACUUGCAGAAGUAAUGUUCAAGUUGGGGUUCAUGAUCCCUCAGCAAUUUUUUCCUAAUAUAAAAGUAGGCAUUGGUUAGGAGACACACCGCAAGUAUUCCCUUCUGUGCUAUAUACAGAGGUCUCAAUUCAUGGAACUGCACACCCUCCAACACAGUUCUGUGACCAUCUCUUUUAUGUCCAUCAGAAUCAUGAUAAAAGAGAUAGCUAGUAAAUAGAAUAGAAACAUUACCAGGAUGGUUUAGAAGUUCUCUGUGAGCCAGUUGUUUGUUUACAGCGGGCUUGAACCAAAGUCUACAAAUCCUGACCCACUGAGCUAUGAGCAACUGCUAUGUGCCCAUCUUGCCAAAGCGAUCCAAGCCUUCACUGAGGACAGUGAUGCGCGCGCAGUUCCUCCCUCUCCCCACAGAGUGUACCCGCCUAUUCUUCCUUUGUUUUUGGCGGAGGCAUGCUUGCAGCUUUUCCGGGGCAGAGCUUCAAAGAUGGCAUUUUCUUUGAAACAUACGCACAUGGCUUAACAAGGUUAUCACCACUGCACUCGGGGAAAGGAGAUAGCUUUUGCAAAUUAAUGUGUGCUAUUUUAUAAAGUAAGCGCACUGGGUAUAUGACUUUAGCUCUAGGUAAACAGAAUGUGCACAUCAUACAAAAUUGAAUUGCAAUGACCAGGCCAAGCGGCCAUGCUGGACAUCAGAGAAAAGACACCUUAUUUCCAUCAGGAGAACUCUCUUGCAUCCCAAAGCCACAAUAUCUUUUUUAUAUACAAAAAAGUUAACGUCUGAAUUUCAGGAAGAAUCAGACCAAUUGACUUGGUUUUCUGAAUUUUUAUUCAUUGGAGCUUUUAGUCUAAUUCAAGUUGGAGAGUCUAGCAAGGUCAGAGAAGGUAAUGGUAUUCAAGGGAGUUUUUAGCCCAGAGUGACAUAUUUAAAUCAACUAACCUUAAUUAUUUCCUAAUGACACAGCACAACUGCCUUGUUAUGAAUUUUUUCUUGAAUGCUUAUAUACUGUAUUUAAAAAUUAAAAUAUAGUACCAAUUUACCAAAGAUACAUAGUACUGAUUCAAAGCAAAAAUAAAAAAUAAAAGAAAAUCCAAACUCAUCAUAAUUUAAGAAAUAAUAAUAAAAAUGUAGUUUGUCUUAAGAAUUUAGCAGUUAUACUGGAAAAUGCAUUUCAGCUCCUUAUGUUCCAAAGUUUAUGUUCCAAUGGUGUCAGUGAAUUUUUAUAUGAAGGGAAAUGCCUGCUUUUUUUUUUUUUUAACAGCUGUAAUUUCAUUUACCCCUUUGCACUUCCCCUGAAUAUCUUGCCAUUUAGCAUCCAAUAUUGGCUUUACUUAUCUCUAGAAAGAAGGCAUGCUACAAAUAGGAAGGAAUUGUAAUAAUGAUAUUUGGCCUCUACUUUGUCUUAGCUGUUAAACUGUUUUUAGUAUUUUUGUUAAAUAUUUGCAAAGGGAAGAAUUUUCUACAGAGGAUAAUUAAUUUCAAGAAAAAUAUCUUGAGUUUUAAGAAAUAAACAUCUCCAGAAAAGGAGACAGCCGAUUUUAUAAAAUGUAGCAACUCUCCAACAUUUGGGGUAGUGAGUCUUUUGUUAAGACAUUUGAAACUAGCAAGCAGCCAUUGUUUCUAAAAACUAAAAUCAAACAAAAAAAAUCACUUAGCCUUCAUGUUGAUUGUGUUUCCUUCACUUCAUUUUGAAAUAGCUAAAAUCAUUAAGACUGUAAAUAUUUUGUUGCUUGGAUAAGCAUCUUCUGGGAACUUUGUAUCUAUGGUAUAUAAUCAUAGAAUUUUAUAUUUUCAUAUAAAGCGAAUUUUUUUCUAGUUUCAACUCCGUCAUAGUUUUGUUUUUGAUUUUUGUUUUUGGGGGGGUUUUUUUGUGUGGUGGAUAUGUGAAUUCAAUUUUCUGUGUAUUGAAGUAGCAAGAACCAUCUUUGCAUUCCAAAAGAAUCCAACACGUGUUAUUUCUUUGAGGCAGUGGUUGUGAGAGUUGGGUUUUCUUUUUUAAUUCCAUUGACCAUUUGUGCAAUAGGAAUUAGACAUAGUCACUGAAGACAUUCGCUGCAUUGGCCCAUUUGGAAAAAGUGUUUUGGGGUUUUUUUAAUUUGUUCCAGGGGGAGGGGUUUUGUAACCUGAAAUUUUUCCCGUUUACCUUCUGUUUAAAACUAUAUCAAAUCAUUCUAUUAUAGUGUUAUUUAAUAUGUAAAUUGUAUUGCUAUACAUAAAAUAAAGUAUGGUUUUUGAUGUA